UCGACUGUUCCGCUUUAAGGUUCAACACAGCCUAUCUGAGGCUUAUCUGUCAUUUGAAUUGUCAAAAGUUUUUAUUCCGUCAUUCCGACAUUGAAUAAUCUUUCUCUUUUGUAAUUGUGACAACGGUAGGAAGAGGUUGCUGAAACCAAAAUGUCGAAGGUAUCGCGUGAUACGCUUUACGAGUGCGUAAAUGCCGUCCUCGAGACAUCCAAGGAAAAGAAGCGUAAUUUCUUGGAGACUGUCGAACUUCAAAUUGGUCUGAAGAACUAUGACCCACAGAAGGACAAACGUUUCUCCGGCACCGUCAAGCUAAAGUUUAUCCCAAGGCCUAAAAUGCAGGUGUGUGUAUUGGGGGACCAGCAGCAUUGUGAUGAGGCAAAAACCUUGACCGUUCCUUGUAUGGAUGCUGAAGCUUUAAAGAAACUUAACAAGAACAAGAAACUGGUCAAGAAACUAGCCAAGAAAUAUGAUGCUUUCCUUGCUUCCGAGUCCCUCAUCAAGCAGAUCCCUCGUCUGUUGGGCCCUGGUCUUAACAAGGCUGGCAAGUUUCCUGGUCUCCUCUCCCACCAGGAGUCUAUGACAGCGAAGAUAGAUGAGGUUAAGGCUACAAUCAAAUUCCAAAUGAAGAAGGUAUUAUGUCUCUCGGUAGCUGUUGGCCAUGUUGAUAUGACUCCAGAUGAGCUUGCACAAAAUGUGCACCUGUCAAUCAAUUUCUUAGUGUCCCUCUUGAAAAAACACUGGCAGAAUGUGCGCUCACUGCAUAUGAAAUCCACUAUGGGGCCACCCCAGAGAUUGUACUAAUUCAUUGUAAUAAAACUUGACUAAGAAAAU